ACCGAUAAAUCUGAUAUAAAAAAAGGGCAAUAGCCCUUCACAGAACCCGAAGCCACAUACAUUCUCAUUGGAUCCACACGGUCCUCGAUUAAAGCCCAAAUCGCACUCUACCUGUUCGACAAAAAGCGUCAACCAAAACUCACACCAUCAUAUUUCCCUUCUCUUCAUCAUUAACCAUGUCUUCUUGUCUCCAUUUCCUUCCCAUUUAUCCUUCUUCGCCGGCCUUUAAAACCCCUUUUGUCUCUUUUUCCCAUUCUCUACAUCCAUUUGUAUGAUAUAUAGUGGGUACUUGUACAUGUAGUGACUGGGUUAUGUAAAUGAAAAAAAGAUAGUACUAGUCAAAAACCCAAAUGAAUAUUGUAAUGGGUUUUUGCUGAAAGGAAGAAUCUUUGUGGAUAUUAUGCUUCUUUUUUUUUUAAAGCCGGUUGCUUGUUGGGUUUAUUGUGGGUUCUCUUUAAACAUACGCCACAAGUAUAUAAAUGUUUAUAUACUGUAAUAUAAAAGUAACGUAUUGUAUAUUAUGGACCAUAUCUGUUGCUUUGCUGUGAUGUUUUCUUUUGUUGGGGGUUGUUGUGAGCAGUGAAUUUGGUUUAUUUUAGAUACACCAGAAGAGAAAAGAGUGAAAGAGAAGAGAGUGAGGGGGUAAGAAGCUUUUCUCUUUUCCUUUUUUGUUUUUAUUUUUCAACCAGUGUCAGUGUCCAAUAGUGGUAUUGGAGUCCAACUAAAUCCAAAUUCAUGCCACACUUGUUGCUGUGCUGUUUCCUUUGUUGGGGGUUGUUGUUGUGAGCAGUUGAUUUGGUUUUCUUUCGAAACACAAGAAGAGAAAAGGGUGAGUUGGGGGUGAAGGGGUAAAAAAAUAUUUUUUUUUUUGGUUUUCCAACCUUUGUUUAGUACCUAAAUUGGGGUCUCACUAAAAAGUCUUAUAUAUUUGGGGUGAACGCUCACCAAUAAAGGCGACUCCCCAAUAAAGGCAACUCCGUAUUAAGAGGAUUCGAACAUGAGACCUUCCAAUAGGGGGUUAAGAAGCUUAGCGGUAAGAGAAGGGGGUCCAAUGAUUAUGAUUUGCCUUUAAGGUGUCUAAUUAAUUGAGUGGAUUCUUGUGACCCCCUUAAGGUUUGACUCGUUUUGGACUUCAUUUAUGUGGCUCCCAUGUUUGGUGAUUUGCUUUUUUCCUUUGAUGGAGGUUUGUUUAAUUUUGUAAUUAAUUGCCAAGAUCAUAUAGGUUCAGAUGCUUUCAAUUGAAUUCAGUAGAAUUUGUGUCGGAGGAAAAAGGUGUAUACGUUGUGUUGGAGAAAAUAGAAACAGAGUGAAAGGGUGAGAAACAGAGUUGUGGUGUUCUGGGUUUUGGAUCAUUGAUGGCACCGGCUGCUAAGGUUACUGGAUUCUACCGUGAGGGAAAUGACUGGUUUUGCAAUGCAAGUUUGAUCAGUGAUUUUACCUUGGUUGUGGAUGGAGUAAACUUCCACCUUCACAAGUUUCCACUUAUGUCGAGAUGUGGAAAGAUUGACAAAAUACUAGAGACAGCUCAACAUCCCCAUGAAGGGACUUUCCUGACAACUUUAGAAGACUUUCCUGGUGGAAGUGACAUAUUUUUAGUCACAGUUAAAUUCUGCUACGGUAUUCGAGUAGAAUAUACACCAAGGAACAUAGUAAUGGUUUAUUGUGCAGCAGACUACUUGGAGAUGACGGAGGACUAUGGAGAAGAUAAUUUACUGUUGAAGGCAGAUGCUUACUUUCAUAAGAAUAUUCUAAAGAAUUGGAAAGAUUGCAUAUUAGCUCUCCAAAGUUGUGAUUCUGUCAUUCCAAUAGCAGACAAGCUAGAGAUCAUUAGUAAAUGCUCUCAUGCGCUCUCUGUGAUGGUCUGCACAGAUCCUAGUUUAUUUGGAUGGCCUAUGUUGAUGUAUGGCAGCUUACAGAGCCCUGGAGGUAGUAUAUUGUGGAAUGGAAUUCACACUGGUGCUAGAAUCCAAACCAUUGAAUCUGACUGGUGGUUCGAAGACAUCUCAUAUCUUUCUGUGCCAUUAUUUCAGAGACUAAUUCGAACAAUGGAAGCCAGAGGUAUUAGACAUGAAAAUUUAGCAGGUGCUAUGAUGUACUACUGUAGAAAGUACCUUCCAGGACUUGGCCGGUGGCAGAGUGGGCAAAUUGGUAAAACUAGAACAGUUGCUAGUUUCAGUAUGACACCAGCUGCCGUCGAUCAGAAAGUUCUUCUUGAAAGUGUUGCGAAACAGCUUCCUGAAUUGAAGGGAAAGUCAUUUUGCCGUUUCUUGUUGGGACUUUUGCGAGUUGCCUUGAUACUUGGUGUGAACCACACAUGCCAAGACUCGUUGGAGAGGAGAACAGGAAUGCAGUUGGACCUAGCUUCCCUAGAUGGUUUGCUGAUACCUUCCUACUCAGAUUCUGAUACAUUAUAUAACACUGACUGUGUUGAGCGAAUGAUUCAUCAUUUUAUUUCUUCUGAACCUGGGAUCACUGCAAUACCUGAUCCAUCUUCAUUUGAGAUAGGAACAUCACCAUCAUCCCAUCCUUUAAGGAGAUUGGCGAAGUUGGUUGACAGCUAUAUUGCAGAAGUUGCAUCUGAUGUGAACCUGAAGCCGGGAAAAGUACGUUCACUUGCUGAAGCUCUCCCAGAAUCUUCAAGAUCUCUGCAUGAUGGGCUAUAUAGAGCUCUGGACAUAUACUUCAAGGCUCAUCCUUGGCUUUCAGCAAGAGAGAAGGAGCAGCUUUGCAACAUCAUCGACUUUCAGAAGCUCUCUAUUGAUGCUUGCACCCAUGCAUCCCAGAAUGAGAGAUUGCCUCUUCGAGUUGUUCUCCAAGUCCUAUUCUUCGAGCAAUUGCAGCUGAGAACAGCUCUAGCUGGUUGCUUCCAAGUCUUGGAUACAGAAAGUGGCCCUGCAGCUCCUGUCACUGGCCCCAGUGACAUGGCAGGUCAAAUUGUACAGAGAGAUGGAUGGGUGACAGUCGUCCGUGAGAACCAGGGUCUAAAGGUGGACUUGGAAAGAAUGAAGUCCAGGGUUGGUGAACUUGAAGAAGAAUUCAGCAAAAUCAAACAAGAGAUGAGAAAGGUCACAAAGUCACAUAGUUACCUCAGUUCUCCGCGCUUUCUUGCCCGAAGGAUUGGAUGCAAGCUACUUCCCCAAUCCUCGGAUACUCAACCAGAUGUGGUUGAAAGCACAGGUCCAACCCCAAGAUCAUCAAUUGAGCAACCGAGAAACUCAAGACACCGUAAAAGCUCCUCUUUGAUUUAAUUCCAUGACGAGAAGACUCAGGUUUGAUGUCUAUUCCCCCCGGAGAAUGUGCUUUAAAAAUAUUUACCCUCUACCCCUGAAUUCUUGCAUUACAUGUUUGGAAUAGAUUCAUCCCUUGAUAAUUCGGGGCACCUAUAUAUCCCUUUGAGAGACCAUAUCAAGUUCAUUUCAUAACAUACAGCCGUCCUGCUUGACUGGCUGAGUAUAUUUAGUAUGGCGGUUGGACAACAACAACAAAAUGAAAAUACUUAUCCAUCGGAACGAUGGACUCCUGAUAGCAGAAGGUGAGAAGAAACCAAAUUCUUGACACAAACAUAGUAACUCAGCUGAUGCUAGUAAAUAUCUGUUCCUUUCCUAGGAACAAUAUAAUGGGACUCUGUUGUCCACAUCUCCCUUAUACAUGUACAGCUUCAUGAAGAGUUUUGUAAAGCUAUAUGAUGAAGGUAUUCGUGUUUUUGUUUUCAAAAGUAUACUAGCUUUAAAAUGGAGGUCUCAUGGGACCAAUUAUAUCUUAGAAGAAUUAUAUAUAAAGCUAUACAUUCAUUUUAUUUUCAAUUUGUGUGGAAUUUUUGUACUUGUUUGUACCAAUUGGUUACAUUUCAAGUUUGUUGUGUUUUCAUACUA